AAAGGUUGCCAUAAGUGUUGCUAAUGGUAUGGAGACAAGUUGCUUCCCUCUCAUUUUAAUUUGCAUAAUCAUGGUGAUCUGCAUAAGAACAGUCUAUAGGAUACACUUACAGGGGGUGAAAGGGUGCAAUGAUUGGUCUGCAUUCUAAAGCAAUCAAUGGAGCAAGUAGCCGUAACCACCUAGCGUGGGUUUCAGCUGUUAGGGAUACUGUUGGAUACAUUUCUGGCGGUAACAUUGUAACGUUUGUUGGAGCUCCUCUUGUUUUCCUGCGAGUGUUGGGGAAACAUGGACCGUAACGUCUGCAAUGUUCACUGUAACCAGUUCCGAAUGGUGUAUGUCAAUAUAGCAAACCACUACAGUCUUCCCAGCUAUGACCCACAGUAUCAAAGUACACCAAAAUCAAAGGGUGGACGACCCCUUGGCUACUCCCCUGCUCCACCCUCCACAGCUGCCUCCAGCUAUCGCUCCCCCAGUCCAAACAGGGGAACUCCCCCCAAGGGCAGGUCCAACAGCCCAACUCGCAUGUAUAAUGGAUCUCCCCCUAGACAGAACUAUGUGACUGACCUGGAACGUUCCACGAUAGAGAAGCAGAGGAAGGAGCUGCAGCUGCUGAUUGGUGAACUGAAGGACAGAGACAGGGAGCUGAACGACAUGGUGUCAGCACACCAGAAACAGCUGGCCUCGUGGGAGGCUGACAGACAACGUGUGCUGACUCUCGAGCAGAGGUGCUCCAGACUAGAAGGAGAUUUGCGGAGCCGGUCAGAAGAGCUGAAACACAUGCAUACUCAGAUUAAAGUAGUGGAGUCCCAGGACCAAUCCAAGUCAUGUGCCCUGGAGAGCACACAGGCACAGCUAGUCAAGGAGUCGGAGAGAGCCAGCCAGGCUGAAAUGAGGGUGGAGAUGCUGAAUGAAAAGAACGAGAGUCUGAACACGUCCUUACGGGACAUCUCCACUAACCUGGGACACCUGGAGGCACGUGAGCAGGAGUUAGCCACCCUGCUGCAGCUGAAGGACAAGGAUCUCAUGGAGGCAUCCUCACACAUCACGGAGAUGAGCGCCAAGCUGAAGAGGCUGGACCUCACAUGUCGGGAAUGUCAGAAAGUGGAGUCCAACCUGAGAAGGGAGAUGGCAGAGUGGAAGAGUAAAUAUGCUGAGUCCAGGAAAGAGAUUGACAGGUUCAAAGAGGAGAUGACAAAACAGCAGGCAGAUGUGGAAGCCGUUCAGGACAAUCUCAGGAGAGCUCAAAAUGAGUUGGAAGCAGCCAAGAAGGAUCUGAUAUUGUCAGCGGAAAGAGAGAAGAGGAAAGAUCAGCUACUGGAACUGCAGAGGUCCAAACAGGAGAGGACAGAUCAGGAGCUGGCUAGUCUUAGACAGAUAUAUGAGAGACAACAGAGAGACAUUGCCUUGUUACAACUCAACCUGGACAACUCCAAAGAUAGACUCAGGAGUUCGGGAGGUGAACUUGAGCUCAGUGGUCCCAGAAGAAGUUCCUCCCCAUACAGACCCUCGCUGUCCCCCCGCAGCAGCCCCAUCAGACCACUCCCCUCACCAACACGAGGGAACCCGGGACAUGAAAACGCUCUAGACGGGAACAGCUCUUUCAACAGGUCCUCGGAUAACGACAAUCUUAGUGUCAAUGACCUGGAAACAGCCUCCCCGACCAGUAAGCUGCACCGACUGUUAGAGGAGUCUCGACAGAUGGUUGCCAGUCUGGAGGAGCACACCACUCUGCCCCUCCCUCCAAACACAAGCAAACAGAUGACAGAAGUUGAGGAAGAGGCUGAGGAAGUAGCAGCAGCAGAAGAAAAUGGGGACAUUUGAGUACUAAGAUUUCACCCAGAAAAAUGGCCAAAUGUGUCACAGAUGAAUAUCAAAUGCUGCCAUCAUCUUUCUCCAAAGGCCAAUGUUCUUCUCAAAAAUAAAUACUGUACAGCAAAACACUUAAACCCCGAAGAAACAAUUGAUGGCAAUAGAGAAAUGUUUAUCUGAAAUUAGAGGCAAUAUUCAGAGAAAUAGGUACACAAAGUAGCUUAUGCUCCUUGGAAUUCUGUUGUCCCUUCAUCGUGUUUUGAUAAUUUGUAUAGAGUUUUUAAAUUUUUUUUCCUACUUGCACAUUGGUGCUGAAAUACAUUCAGAUGUUAUGCCACAGUUAAUGAUAUUCAGUUACUAGUAAUAUUUAUAAGAAGGAAACUUUGUUUAAAUACUUUUAGGCAACAUUUUAUUUUCUUCCAUUGUUAAUGUAAUAGUUAAUAUGUUGGUAAUUAUUAUUACUGUAUUGUAUAUUAUAGAUGUUUAGUGCGCUUCUAUUUUGUAGGAACCUAAAAUUGAUAUUUUUGUUGUAUUUGUGAGACUGGCUAUGAUCAGUUGACAGCAUUCUUUUUUUUCAGAUUACUGGUAUGAUCCCUGUUCUGGUAAUGUUCAGCUGUGCCCACUUCUCAAUAUCAAAUGUGAAUCUUCCAAAUGUACAUACAAUCAUUCUACAUUUUGAUUCAUGUAUUUUAGAUAAGCAAGAAGAUACAAUAUUAAUUUUCACAAGGAAUGUAUUUUGAUAUGCAGUACUGGAAUUGAUAGAGUAUUUUGUAAUUCUGUAUAUGCAGUGAAUCUCCAGCAUUUUUGCUAGACAUGGCAGCUCCAGGUAAUGAUACCUCAAAUUGCCAGCUCUUUUGUGAGCCUGGGAUAGACUGUACAUGUUAUAGUCUAUAUGUAAAUGUUUCAAUUGAUUUGUGCUUCAUGAGUAUUUACUGGAACAGAUGCUAUAUGAAACCCUUUCUGUUAAUGUGUAAACUGUAUUUUCCAGGUUAUUUGGAUGUACAUUUUGUCAAUGAAUGGUCCAUAGAUACAACUGUGCAAGUCUUACACUAUGUUGUUGCAUGGGAGAUGUUCUUUCAUUUCAUAGCCUACUGAUAUCUUGUGUAUUGCUUGCUGUUGACUCUACUGGUGCCUCAGUUGAAUAAAUUUAUGUGUGCUUAAGAUCAAACUUUGAUUUGUAUUGAGAUGACCAUACUGGCUGCCUAUAG